UUACAUUGAAUUCAACAACACAUAAUCAAAAUCCCAUUCUCCCCUUCACAAAAAGUGAAAUCCUAAACUAACCAAAAUCCAUGGCACAAAAAUCACCACAAAUAAUCACUUUUUUAUUAUUAUUACUUCUAUGGGGAAGCUAAUAACAACUUCCAAACCUCUCAUUCUCAAAUCAAAACUCCUCUGUUUUUCACUUUUCUAUCUCUUGACAACUCUCUUUCUUGCACUUUACACCACUCUCUCUCAAUCCAAAUGCUUCUUCAGAUCAUCACCUUCAGAUCCUAUUCUCAAUUCUCUCUUCAAUUACCCUUCUUCCUAUGGUGAACACAAAUAUGCCAUCUCAACCACUCGUUCCACAUGUUCUUCCCCUGUUUUCUUUUCAGAUUAUUGGGAUGUUGUCAAAGAAAUCGAGAAUUUAAGGAAGAAUUUUCGAGGUUAUGAUGGUGGUUUAAGGUAUAUGCAGGGGAAUGCUGAUACUUUUGGUGGGAAUCUUAGUACAAUUACGAGGUUGUCUUAUUUUAAUCAUCGAAAUGAUAGCAUUGAUGUUCCAUGUGGGUUUCUCAAGCAAUUUCCAGUCAGUAAUUCCGACAAAAUUGCCAUGGAAAAAUGUGACAAUGUAGUAGUAGUUUCAGCAAUCUUCAAUGAUCAUGACAAAAUAAGACAACCAAAGGGACUUGGAUCCAAAACACUAGAAAAUGCAUGUUUCUUCAUGUUUGUGGAUGAAGUUACCCUCAAAGGUUUAGCUUAUCAUAGAUUAAUUUCAAUAAAAUCCAAAGAAUACAAGAUAGGUGUAUGGAGGAUUGUGAAGGUAGCAACAGAAAAAUUGUAUCAAAAUCCAGCAAUGAAUGGAAUUAUACCAAAAUAUUUAGUUCAUAGACUAUUUCCAAAUUCACAAUUUAGCAUUUGGAUUGAUGCAAAGUUGCAACUAACGGUUGAUCCUUUGUUGUUGAUUCAUUCACUUGUUAUAAAUGAGAAUGUAGAUAUGGCUAUAUCUAAACAUCCUUUUUAUGUUCAUACAAUGGAAGAAGCUAUGGCAACUGCUAGGUGGAAGAAAUGGUGGGAUGUUAAUGGCUUGAAGGUGCAAAUGGAGACUUAUUGUGAAAAUGGUAUGGAACCAUGGAGUCCUAGGAAGCUACCCUAUGCAUCAGAUGUACCAGACAGUGCAUUAAUAUUAAGGAGGCAUGGAGUAGGAAACAACCUCUUUUCUUGUCUAAUGUUCAAUGAGUUAGAAGCAUUUAAUCCAAGAGAUCAACUACCUUUUGCAUUUGUUAGGGAUCACAUGAAUCCCAAAAUGAAGCUGAACAUGUUUGAGGUGGAAGUUUUUGAACAAGUGGCAGUUGAGUAUAGGCACAAUCUUAAGAGUAGUGAUGGGACCAGUUUGAAGAAAGUGUCUAGUUCAAGAAGAACCAAAAGGGCAAAGCCAGAUUUAUAUGUUAAUAAUGGUAGUUGUUGUGGUGGGUGCCACAAGUAUCUUUCUACUAUGUGGGGUGAAUCCAAUGAUUGAUAUUUGUUUCCACCUAGUACUUGUAGCAUAAGCACAAGAGUAGAAAAUAAGUAAAACAAAAACUGAAAAUAAA